CAGGCGCCUCGCUCCCGCCAUGCACCCGCGCUCCGUUACAUAACCACAAACAAGCCGAGUGCCAGUGAUCACCAAACAGAAUAGUGUCAGUGAACAGUGCUGUGUUGUUACCCCGCCGGAGACACACUCACACACUAAGGCACUCGAGAAAUGGGACGGCGACGGUGCGUGCACAGUCCGGGCGCUGCAUGGUGAUCGUCGCCGCCAUGCUCUCUGACGACGUGAGAACGAUGCGCUACGUGCUUUUCUGUCUGCUGUCGCUGGCCUUCAACAGGAACCUCGCUUUCGUCCUCGACAAGCAGAACCCUUACUCGCAGUUCCGCAAAUGGAACGCCGGUUUGAACGGAACGCUAGAGCUGGAGUUCAAAACCGACCAGCCCAACGGUCUGCUGCUGUACACCGAUGACGGCGGUACCUACGACUUCUUCGAGCUGAAGCUGGUGAACGGGGCUCUCAGGUUGCGGUACAACCUCGGCGGCGGUGCCCAGAUCAUCACUGUCGGGAAUAACCUCAACGAUGGCCACUGGCAUAAAGUGCAGGUGGCCCGCCGCGACGAGCACACGUCCCUGGCGGUGGACGGCGCCACGCAGAGCAAGACGUCACGCGGCAAGGAGUUCGUCUUCGGCAAGUUCCCUACCAACUCCGACGUCUUCGUCGGCGGCAUUCCGCCAUCGUACAACUCGAAGCUGACGACCCUGGCGCUGCCGUCGGCGAUCUUCGAGCCCAAGUUCCGAGGGUCGGUGCGCAACCUGGUGUACUCCGACGGGCCAGGCCAGCCGCCCCGCCGGCAGGAGCUGAGGCACUCCCGGGACCUGAAAUCGCUAAGCCGCAACGCGAGCGGCGACGCUUGCGAGCGGCGAGACCCGUGCCAACAUGGCGGCGUCUGCAUCAGCACCGAUGACGGACCCAUCUGCGAGUGUCGUGACGGGGACUACGAGGGGGCCUUCUGUGAGAGAGACAAAGCCCCCUCGGAAGCGACGUUCCGCGGCGCGGAGUUCCUGUCGUACGACCUCACGCAGACGGGGGGUGAACCCAUCGUCAGUACACAGGACACCAUCUCGCUCUACUUCAAGACCAGACAGCCCAACGGCCUGCUCUUCUACACUGGUCACGAAGCUGACUACCUGAACCUGGCAGUGCGCGACGGAGGCGUCUCGCUCACCAUGGGGCUCGGCAACGGCAAGCAGGAGAUGCACAUCAAGCCUGCACGGACCCGCUUCGACGACCACCAGUGGCAUAAGCUAACCGUGCACAGGAGGAUACAAGAGAUUACACCGUUCACCAGCUUCUGCCGGGUGUCAGCGAUAGUAGAUGACGUGUACUCGGAGCACUCUCAUGUGGCAGGAUCAUUCACGAUGUUGGCGAGCUCGCGCGCGCACGUUGGCGGUUCGCUCAAUGCGCGCGCGCUGCCUGGUGCCAGAGUCCACACUAACUUCAUCGGAUGCUUGAAGAAGGUAGAGUUCUCAGCAGACACGCUCCGUCUGAACCUGAUCGACCUGGCCCGCACGGGCAGCAAGCUGAUCACCGUCACCGGCCGGCUGGAGUACUCCUGUACCGCCACCGACUCCGCCGACCCUGUCACCUUUACCACCAGAGACGCUCAUUUGAUUCUACCAAAAUGGGAAGCGGUGAAGACGGGAACGAUUUCCUUCAAAUUCCGAACCAACGAGCCAAACGGUCUGAUACUCUUCAACAUGGGCGCCAAACCACCAAGGGUAGGUUGCACGGCGGAUCUCUUUGCCGUGGAGAUGCUGAAUGGGUACAUCUACGUUCACGUGGACUUGGGCUCUGGUGGAGUGAGGGUGAGGGCGUCAAGGCGUCGGGUGGACGACUCACAUUGGCACGAGUUUCUGAUGAGGCGCACUGGUCGAGACGGGCGAGUGACGGUAGAUGGCGCUAACGCAGAGUUUAAGACGCCUGGGGAAUCGAACCAGUUAGAGCUGGAUGGCCCCUUAUUCGUCGGAGGCCUAGGGUCGGAGUACUCAGCGUCUAGGACUCCGCCGGUGCUGUGGACCGCAGCCCUGAGGCAGGGGUUUGUCGGCUGCAUCCGCGAUCUGGUGCUCAACGGUAAACCACAGGAUCUCACUGCUUACGCUCGGCAGCAGGAUUCAGCAUCAGUGCGUCCAGCGUGCCACGUGUUGAUGAAGCAGUGUGUGAGCUCACCGUGUCAGCACAGCGGCGCGUGCUCCGAGGGCUGGAACCGGCCGCUCUGCGACUGCUCCGCUACCAACUACACUGGACCUACUUGUGGGAGAGAUUCGCCAACGAUCUUCCUGAACGGCAGCCAGCACCUCACUGCGGCGCUGGGCCCGGAGCACAUCACACAGACAGAGGAGCUGAUGCUGCGGUUCCGGACCUCGCGGGCGGGGCUCCUACUGCGGACGGCGUCUGAACACUCCGCUGACAGGAUCGAAUUGGCUGUCGCGGCUGGGAGAGUGCGCGCCAGUGUGCGCCUGGGGGAUAGGGAAAAGAACCUGUUAGCGGGCUCGAACGUAGCGGACGACCGCUGGCACACAGUAAGGUUCUCGCGACGGGCGUCGAACCUGAAGUUGCAGGUGGACGGGGCGGCGCCGGUGCGCGGUAUGUUAUCUGAAACCAUUUUAGGAAAAGCAUCUACGUUAGAAAUUUCCACUUUACAUUUAGGAGGUCUAUACCACCCUGAAGAAGAAAUACAAAUGACUUCAACAUUACCUAACUUUGUUGGGUACCUCCAGAAGUUUGUCUUUAAUGGAAUCAGGUACAUUGACAUGGCUAAAACUCUGGGCAUCGGAAGCAGCGAUGAGAAUAACAAUAUUUAUGACACUUCAAAUAUCAUCUUUAAUGGAAAAUUUGUCAAACCUGAUGGGUUGAACGUUUACAAAUCCGUCACAUUCAAGUCGAAACACACUUACGUUGGUUUACCGUUAUUGAAGGCUUACGCCAACACCUACUUGGACUUUUACUUCCGAACGACUGAGAUGGACGGACUACUAUUUUACAAUGGAGGAAAGAAGCAAGACUUUAUAGCAAUAGAAUUAGUGAACGGACAUAUCCACUGUGUGUUCAACCUGGGCGACGGCGUGGUGACGAUGAAAGACAAGCUGAAGAACUUCCUGAACGACAACCGGUGGCACGUGGUGUCGGUGCGGAGGCCCACGCCCAAGAUACACACGCUGCAAGUCGACGAGGAUCUGGAGAUGCAUACUACAAGCUCAAAUCUAAUGUUGGAACUAGACAGCGUUCUUUACGUGGGCGGCGUACCCAAAGACAUGUACAAUACGCUCCCAGUGGGCGUGGUCUCCAGACAAGGCUUCGAAGGUUGCAUGGCCAGUCUGGAUUUACCUGGAGAGUCUCCCUCGCUGCUUGAUGACGCUGUAGUGCCUAGUUCCUCGCUGGUGUCGGGAUGUGAAGGACCUACAAAAUGUACACACAACGCGUGUGCAAAUAAAGGAGUGUGUGUGCAACAAUGGAACACCUACGUCUGCGAUUGUGAUCUCACAUCCUUUACCGGACCUACAUGUUAUGACGAGUCAAUAGCAUACGAGUUCGGUCCAGGCCGCGGCAUCAUCACCUACACGUUCCCUCCGAGCUCCGUGGCCGACACUGAGACUGACAAGGUGGCUCUCGGCUUCGUCACCAGCAAGUCUGAUGCUGUGCUGCUGAGGAUCGAGUCUUCCAACACCCAGGACUACAUGCAAAUGGAGAUCAUCCGGGGCAAUCUCUUCAUGGUAUACAACGUGGGCGGUGGAGACCAUCCUCUCGGAGACGAGGCCGCGAGGGUGGACGACGGCGCGUACCACGUCGCGCGGUUCACCAGGAACGGUAGUCGCGCUUCGUUACAGCUCGACAACUAUGCUGUCAACAUUCGCCAGCCGCAAGGCGGCCAACAAUCAACGAUCUUCAAUAGCAUGUCGACCAUCACGGUGGGCGGCGGCGCGGGAGGCUCGCGCACGUUCAGCGGCGUGGUGGCGGGCGUCGUGGUGGACGCCGUGCGCGUGCUGGACGUGGCGGCGGCCGGGGACCCCGCCGCCUCCGUGCGCGGGGACGCGCGCCGCGCCACCACGCCGCUCGACCGCGAUAUCAACAGGAUGCAGCAGACCCCGCCAUCAGGCUACGGCGGCCCAGGAGUGUUAGACGAGCUGGUGUACUCCGGCGCCGGGUCUGGCUGUCGAGAUGACGAUGAGGACGCGUGUGUGCUACCAGAUGCAGGGUCCGGAGACGAUCUGAUCACGCCCGUGUACGUGCCUUCCACGAGGCGGCCGCCUUUCAAGGUUUAUAAGGGAGGUUCCAGUGGCAAAAUCAUCAAGCCGUGUGACGACGAGGAUUGUAUCGAAGGCUCUGGUUCUAACGCUGAAGAUAUCAUUACCGAGCCUGAACACCCAGUUACCACAUCCGGUGCCUCAAGUACCCACAGCCACACUCAUACGAUGACGUCACCAACCGUGCCGAUGACCCCCACUGACCAUGUGGACAAGUCUCUGGAAGGUUCCACAGACGGCGCCACAGACUUCACCAGCGGAUCGCAUACACCCGACGGUAGAACAACCUUGCCUGACCACGGGAAUAUCCACGCUGGGACGGUCGAUACCACGCCUGAUCGGACUACUACCGUUACUGAUGAUAAUUCUUACACUGGGCAUCACACGCCCACAAUAACUGGUCGUCAUACUCCAGAAGACAUAACGACAACUGAAGACGAAACCAACCACAUACCAGACUACGAAACUGGACGAGAGAAUGAGAUAGAGCAUGUCCCAACACAUGGAAGCGAGCAGGACCGCAUACCAGGCAGAGUUCAUCCGGAUUAUAACAACGGCUAUGAGAAUGAGUUCACGACAAAGUGGUACUAUCCGAAGUCGACGGAUAACCGGGUGGUACCGCCUGAGUCUGAGUUCUUCGCUACUAUAGUUGGAAUAGUAGCGUCAGUGCUGAUAGCAAUAAUUCUGAUCGUGAUAAUCGUGCUGAAGUACAUCGUGUUCAAGCUGGACCCGUCGUACAAAGUGACGGAGGAUAAGUCCUACCAGCAGGGCGCCAGCGCCGCGUUGCUAGGCAACCAGGUAACUAUGGAGCAGGCGCACUCCAGCUACCAGAGCGCGGGCAGCGCUGGCGGCGCGGCGCGCAACCUGCAGCCGCUGCCGCUCGCCCGCAGCGCCGCGCCGCUGGCGCCGCAGCCAGUCAAGCGGGACGGCAUCAAGGAGUGGUACGUCUAAACCAUGCACCAGAAAGAGACACAUGUACUUUACUCGGUUUGUGAUGUGACGCGUGCUUCUUCAGGGUACGGCUUGACGUAAAUACUGGCGAUUCGUGAAAAUUUGAUCCGAACGCCCUUAUUACUGAAUCAAUUUAAAAGGUAAGAAUAGAAUGAAUAUUAAUUGGUCGAUUUGACCAGAAUAAAACUGUACCUACUCCUAAUUUUACAUCAUCAGUGGCACAAAAUGCCAUCUUAAAAUCGCUGGAGUUGUCAUCGAAUUACGUUGAAGACCGUACCUUGGAGAAGCCUAGACUCGGACAUAUCGACGUAGCGAUAGUGAGGUGAGUGAGUUCCCGUAGUCGCUUCGAUCCUAACCUCGCAGGUUCAGAAGACGGUCCUGAGGCCGCGUGUAUGAUUGUAGCGUGAGCGCUUAAAGCUAAGGUGAUACCGACUGACAAGUGUUAGUAUUGUAAAUAUUAAUCUAAUGUACCUAAAGUUAAAGAAUCACUUGUGCGAUCGGAUUGUGCAAUUUUAACGAUCAAUUUGAAUACGCGAGUAAUGUCUAGGGAACCUGGAAUUGCAUUUACAACAAUAUGUUGAUCUUGAUUAUGUUUAUUUGGAUUGUUCUGUAGUUUGGCUUUUGAGUGAUAGUCAUUUUGGCGUAACUUCUGCAAACGACGUCACUUAUUGUUCCAAAAACUCAUUCAAUUUCUCGGAAUUUCAUGUAAGUAGAAUUGAGAGCAAGUCAUGAUCACUUUUACUCAAAAGUUUCAAUUCUUGUUAAGUGAAGCAGUUUUCUACUGUACAUUGCUAUUCUAAUAUAACAAGUGUUUGCGACGUAACUUUUCUAUCUACAUUGCCUUUGAUAGUUUUACUUACACUAAGACUAAUGUAGAAUGGGUAGACUUAUUUAUGGUUUGAGUUCAUAAUUGAACGAGUUUAGCCUAAAUAUCAGUCUUUAUAUCAUCAGUUAUACAAAAAACAGAACAGUAAUGACGAGCAAUAUUAAAUUAGUUUAUCAAUGGUUAGAAACUCGUUCAAUUGUGUAACCUUUACUACCAAUAAAUCGUUGAUCUAUUCCAAACCUAACAAAUUAAGGCGUUGCGUUAAUAAUUCGGGGCUGCCAUCACGAAAAUGAAGCAUAUCGUUCUAUUGAAGACUAUGACUUUUACGAUUUCAAUAUCUCUUUCCUAUAUUUAUUAGAUAUUAUACAAUAUUUUUAGAAGAGACGCGGUGGGUAGACGUUAGGACGUGGACAUAAUCAUGGGUUUAAAGAUAAUCAGCUUGGAUUUAGAUACAAGGGUGUACAUUAUCGUAGGAUGCGUAACCAUCGUAUGAGCUUGUAGAUUUGAUAUGAACAGUAGAUAUUUUUGGUUCGUGUGCCCUCCACCUUAGUUUAUCGAUUGCUCAAUGUUUUCACUUCGGCGUUUCCCUUAUAAUGUCAUCUGUUAGAGGCCUAAUCGAUUUACAAAUAAUACAGUGUUGGAUGAUUUACGUUUUGAAAAAUGUUGUUAUUGAUAUAAGCGUCUGAUUCAUACAGCUCGUGAAUUUGAAGGAAAUGUAAGAUUGGUCAGUCCUGUUGGGAGCUAACUAUUCUUUAAUACUAAUUAAGAAUUGACAAAAAAUUUAUUACUUUAAAAACAGUUGAACAUCUGACGUGAUUACUCGAAGUAUUGAUCAUUGUAUCUCAAGGACCAAUUCUAGGUCCACUAUUAUAAAUGGAUGUUUAGAAUUGAAAAUGUCAGUGAAAUCGGAAAUAUUUUGGCUGAUGUUUAUUUAAUGGAACAAGUAUUACCGACUGAUGCGAAGGCCCGUAGGUCCCAAUUUAGGUAUUUUAUUGCAUGCAGUUUCCUCUUGAAAUCAUUAAUAAAUAAACUGCUUAUAUUUUUACAUUUAGAAAGUACAUCCACCGUCCCGUUUUCCUCUUUCCGAUUAAAAGAAACUUAAUUAGCUUUAAACUAAGACGAAAAACAUAUUUAUAUAGAUUGUUAUGAAGCACAGGUUCUAGGUAUUUGAAGUUGCAUUUAUUGUAAAUAGUUAACAAUUAUUAUAAUGUAAUUUAAGCGGUAACGUACGGUGUAUAUCACACUCGUUUUACGGCACAAAAUGUUAGUAUCAAAUCAAUUUGUUUGUCUGUCAAUUUUAGUGAUAAUUAUGGUUAAUGUGGUUGAUGAUUUGUACCGAAAAUUUGGAUGUUUAAUGUAAAGGUAGUGGAAUUUUCUAUAGACACAAAUGUUAGGUAAAAAUAUAAUUUCGUAUAUACUUAAAUUAUAAAUAAAACCUGAUUUGUAUUUAUUAUACAAUUAAUUAAUUUAAUGCUUUUAGAUAACUGAAUUUAUUGUUUAAUGUAAGUAUUUAAUGUUUGUUGUGUCUAUAGAGGAUGUCAGAGAUGCUCACAUUUUUUUGUUAACCAUGUUUACUGGAGUUGUUACACUCGACUUCGGUCGGACCAAGUUUUGUUUCGUGUGAAAAGCGACAGUUUUUGAAAUAAUAAUAUAUUAUGUAAAAUACAUGAA